CAUUAGGCCGCUCGUCGUCAAGAUCAGUUGUCUUCUCUCGCUAGCUAGCUAUCUGCAUGCGCGCUAGCAGUUUGUUGUUGCUAAUUCCUCUAGCUAGCUAAAACAUGAAGCAAAAGAUAGUUAUAAAGGUGCAAAUGACCUGCGACAAAUGCCGAACCAAGGCCAUGAAGAUUGCGGCCACAUCGUCAGUUGUGAUAUCGGUGGGAAUACAAGGGCCAGAUAAAGAUCAGUUGGUGGUAACAGGCGAAGGUGUUGACUCCGCUUGUCUGACCGUCUCCCUAAAGAAGAAGCUUUGCUAUGCCACCAUUUUAACUGUUGAAGAAGUAAAGGCGGAGAAGCCCAAGCCGCCUCAACCCCCCCCCCCCCUUCCCCGCCCUGCCAUUGUCUAUGGCCAAGACUACCACGGCUUCCCAUGUACUGCGGAGUCGUCUACCAGGAUCAAAAUCCAAAUUCCUACCCCACCAUGUGAUCAUCACCUAGAUUAA